AUGACAGUUAAUCAAUCAACCAAGUGGAAUGAAAUAGAAUCGAUAGUAGAUGGUAUGAGCUGCUGCUUAUAUUGUGGAUUGGUCAUCUUUUUCGAUCCAUUGACAUCAUCGUCUGGUCUACCAGAAGUACAAGGUUACUUGAAUGGUAUUCGUAUUCAAAAGGUAUUCAAUCUAAAGACUCUGGUUGGAAAGAUUGCCUAUAUUCUCUUUCUCGAGUUGCCUUGUAUUUUUUUUCUUCAUCACGAGAAUUGGUCAAUACCAUCUAUAGCUAUUCCAUUUCAUUGUUUACGUCCAACAGAUAGAUCAUCUCAUCAUCAUCAUCACCAUCAUUCAGUCAUAUUAAUGGAUACUUGGUCAACACAUAUUUCUAUGAUACAAUAA